AUUAUUCAAACAAUGGAGAGAGUUACUUGGUUAUUUCUUGAAUACUUAAUAUGUUGUACGGCGGCUAGCUGCUUAACUAUGGCAGCACAAACCGAGCUUAACAUCACCACAGACCGGUCUGCUCUUCUUGCUCUCAAUGCCCGUAUCACCAGUGACCCUCAAAACAUGAUCUUCACCAACUGGUCAACCACUACUCCUAUUUGCAACUGGGUUGGGGUCACUUGUGGUGCACGCCAUCAUCGAGUCGCAGACUUGAACCUCUCUUACUUUGGUCUCACAGGCACCAUUCCUCCGGAGUUAGGAAACUUAUCAUUUCUUGUUAAUAUGGACUUCAGCAAUAACAAUUUCCAUGGUAUAUUGCCUCAGGAAUUGGCUCGCCUGCGUCGGUUGAAGUUUAUCAGCUUGAGAAAAAACAAGUUCAUGAGAGUCAUUCCGUCAUGGUUUGGGUCCUUAUUCAAACUUCAAGUAUUCAGUUUGUUUGGUAAUCAAUUUUCAGGUUCCAUACCUGCUACAAUCUUCAACUUAUCUGCUCUGCAAAAAAUAGAUCUGAGGGAUAACCAACUCUCAGGUAGAAUAUCCAGAGAAAUCGGGAACCUAACAAUGUUGAAGGAGAUCUACCUUGAUAGUAAUAAUUUUGAAGGUCCUAUACCAUAUGAGAUUGGUUAUCUUCCAAAUUUAGAGAAAUUGUUGCUCGGUGGUAAUAAUCUAAAUGGCCAUAUCCCAUCCUCAAUCUUCAAUAUGUCCACAAUAAAAGAAUUAGCUUCAAUCAGCUUUCAAGUAGCCUCCCAGCAGACAUAG